AGGCAUUUAAGGCAUCUGUUUGUAAGGCAAAGGUGUGCAUGAAACUAUGGAUGAUACAAGCACUUUAAUUGAUGUUAAAGAGUACCCCGAUACCGAGGUACAGAAAAACCGAGUACUAACUCUGGAAGAAUGGCGAGAAAAGUGGGUGGACGGCAAAAUUGGAUUUCAUCAAGAACAAGGACAUCAAUUAUUAAAGAAGCAUUUGGAUACUUUCCUUAAAGGCGAGAAUGUUCUGAGAGUAUUUUUUCCUCUUUGUGGAAAAGCAGUUGAGAUGAAAUGGUUUGCGGACCGAGGACACUGUGUAGUGGGUGUGGAAAUCAGUGAGCUUGGGAUUCGGGAAUUUUUUACAGAGCAGAAUCUUUCUUACUCGGAAGAGCCCAUCAUGGAAAUUCCUGGAGCCAAAGUAUUCAAGAGUUCUUCAGGGAACAUUUCACUGUACUGUUGCAACCUUUUUGAUCUUCCCAGAGUGAACAUUGGCAAAUUCGACAGGAUCUGGGAUAGAGGAGCAUUAGUUGCUGUUAACCCAGGCGAUCGUAAAUGCUAUACAGAUAUAAUGCUGUCCCUAACGAGGAAAGGGUUUCGCUACCUCUUGGCUGUUCUUUCUUAUGAUCCCACUAAACAUCCAGGCCCACCGUUUUAUGUUCCAGAUGCUGAAAUUAAAAACUUGUUUGGUUCAACAUGCAACAUUCAUUGCCUUGAGAAGGUUGAUGUUUUUGAAGAACGACAUAAAAGUUGGGGAAUUGACUACAUUGUUGAAAAGUUGUAUCUACUUACGGAAAAGUAAAUGAGACCAGUAAAAACAAGUAAUAUCAACAUGUUUUUGGGCAACUGAUAGUUAUGCUAAGGCACGAAAAUAUACUGGAUGACUCUUGAGAAAAAGUUGUUCACAAAUCACAUAACAGAGCUUUGCUCAGAAAUAUGUAUAACUUUAUAGAAAAAAGUCAUAAAUAAGCUGGUAAAGUAGCUAUACAGGAGUGUGAUGGGAUGGUGAAAGAAUAUACCUGUUUUGCUUAGAAAUUACAAGAAUUUUUUACAAUCGGCAUGUCUUAUAUAAUUUUAAAAGUUAAAAGUUUUAAAGGGGUACCUGCUGCCCAGUCAGUGGAGCA